AGCCUCAGGGGGACCUCCGCCCUACCAAACCACUGAACCCCCCUUUGGAGAAGGAGACAACCACCAGAGCAAAAUGAGCAACAACGUGGAAGCCAAAAUUGCAUACAAUAAUAACUACACUAAACUAAGCACUGGUAAUCCUUCAGUGUACCGACUGAAUCUAAAGGACAAAGGAAGAGAUGAUCUUCACAAAAAAGACUUUGGUUCAGAUAAUUUUAAUCAACCAAACAAAACAAUAAUGCUCCUGGGUGCCACUGGCUCAGGAAAGAGCACUCUCAUUAAUGGCAUGAUCAACUACAUACUGGGAGUGGAGUGGAGUGAUUCACACAGAUUUAAACUGAUCGAUGAACAGACCAACAAAACACAAGCUGAGAGCCAGACUUCAGAAGUUACAGCAUAUCAGAUUCACCAUCAAGAUGGCUUCCGAGUUCCCUAUUCAGUCACGAUCAUCGACACACCAGGGUUUGGAGACACAAGGGGAAUCACACAAGACAAGAUGAUCACUGAGAAGAUCAGGAAGUUCUUCUCAGAUGAUUAUGGCAUUCUUGGCCUUGAUGCUGUUUGUUUUGUGGUACAGUCAGCUUUAGCUCGACUAACCCAAAGCCAGAAAUACAUUUUUGAAGCUAUUCUUUCCAUCUUUGGAAAGGACAUUGCAAACAAUAUCACCAUUAUGAUCACCUUUGCUGAUGGGCAGAAACCUCCUGUACUCGAGGCCGUUAAAGCUGCUGAUAUUCCUUGUGCAAAAAAGGAAGAUGGAACAUUUCUUCAUUUCAAAUUCAACAAUUCUGCACUUUUUGCUCAGAAUAAAGAGCUGGAUGAAGAAGACAACUUUGAUGAAAUGUUCUGGAAAAUGGGAAAAGGAAGCAUGAAACGAUUCUUUGAUCACCUGCAGAAAAUGGAGACCAAAAGUCUUCAGCUCACAAAAGAAGUUCUGUCUGAACGCAAAAACCUGGAGGCAGUAGUAGCUGGAGUGCAGCCACUCAUCCAAACUGGUUUGAACAAACUUGAGGAAAUCAAAAUGACAGCAGCAGCACUGGAACAGAACCAAACUGUCAUAAAGGAAAAUGAAAAUUUUGAAUAUGAGGUUGAAGUAGAAAAGAGUAAGAAGAUUGACCUUGAAAAGGGUGAAUUUGUAACAAAUUGCCAUGCCUGCAACUACACCUGCCAUUACCCAUGUGCAAUUCCAGAGGAUGAAAAUAAAAGCCGUUGUGCAGCAAUGACAAAUGGCAGCUGUACAGUGUGUCCUGGUAAAUGCAUCUGGAAUGUGCAUCAUAACAUGCCAUACAGAUUUGAAACUGAAAAAGUAAAAGAGAGAAGGACAUAUGCAAAUCUAAAAAAGCAAUAUCAAGAGGCUUUGGGGAAAAAUAUGUCAAUAGAGAAAAUCAUUAAGCAGUUGCGAAAGGAAUAUGAGUAUGUACAAGUUCAAGUGUUGGAGCUGAGUGAGAAACUUGCCAAAAGCCUGGCGCGUCUGAAGGAAAUUGCUCUUCGCCCAGAUCCCUUGUCCACACCAGAUUACAUUGAACUACUGAUUGAGUCUGAGAAGCAGACAGCCAAAGAAGGGUACUUAAAGCGCAUUGCUGAGUUGGAGGAGAUAAAGAAAGGUGCUGUGAUUCUGCAGAAGGUGGAGAAGGGAGAACCACUCACUGAGCAGGAGAACAGUUAUCAGGAAUUCGUCAGAACAGCAGUUCAGAAAUUUAAUGGCAUAUUUAAUAUGAAACAAUGGUUUAAAUCAAUGGUCGGCAACCCAAAAUGUUCAAAGAGCCAUAUUGGCCCAAGAAAACAAAAACCAUACCUGUCUGGAGCCGCAAAAAAUUAAAAGCCUAAUAUGAAGGCAACAUAGGCUGUCAGUAUAUUAGCUAUAUAAGCCUACUAUUAAAAUGACUAAGUAGGCUACAAAUACAAAAUGAGCAUUCAUGAUUAAAUGUUUAUUUUCCCUGCAGCGCAUCCUGGAGAGAAUGACGCACCACGUGACUACGCUGCUGUAGCCUACGAUAUUUGGUGCUUCAAGUUUAACUUCCAUUACAAUAUUAAUGUUUUAUGUUUUGUUGCAUUGAUUAAAUUAUAGAAAUACAAGAAAUAGAAAUACAGAUUUUCGGUGUCUUUUUUUUAUUUUGAGGAUUCGAGAAAAAAAAACACAAUGGGAUGUGCAUAAUAGGCCUCCUGUAAUUUCAGACCUUAGUAUGGAAAUGAAAUGCAGUCCUCUUCAAACCUCAAUACAACUCCUCUCUUUCCCCCUUAUCUGGGCAACAGAGUGCAAUAACACGCAGCCUGCUGUUAAAACGCAGCCUGCAAUUAUAAAAAUAAAACAGCAGCCUUUUGAAAAGGGAAGUAGACUAUAUAAAAUGAAAAUAAGCCAGUUUAAUUUCAAUUUCUGUGCAUUAUCCUAUUUUCUUUAGUUUUCCGAAAAUGCCAAGUUAAGUAGCCUAAGUCAGUGCAAAUGAGUAAAUAAAACAAUCCUUUUUAAUUCUCCCGCUUACGUGGCGUCAGACACAAAUACAUAGGCUACAAUCACAAACAAGUAAUAAAACAGCCUGCAAUUAAAAGGCAGCGUGCUUAAAAAAUACAACACAGUAGAACAGCGAAAUUAAUAAAAUUAAAAUAAGACAGUUAAAGUUCGAUUUCUGUGCAUUAUCCUCUUCUCUUUCGUUUACUGCAAAUGCCAAGUAGCCUAAGUCAGUGCAAGGAAUUUAGCAUGUUUUAGCUGGAACUGUUGCUCCAAAUUGCUCUUCUUGUUAUUUGACAACUUCUCAUUGCAAAUCAAACAUGCAGGCAAUCCUUCAGCAUUGGCAAUGAAAGCAAACGUUUCUGUCCAUUCUUCCUUAAAUCCUCUGUUCUCAUCAGCAAUCUUUCUCUUUUUGCCUUUUGGAUCCAUUGCCCAUCACACACAACCGUUUGUUUACAACAGCCACUCGCCUGUCACUGUGUGUCGCAGGGCUAUGACGCAAUUCUGCUAUUUGGCGCAAUUCUGAAAUUCGGUAUUUUAAAUAUACUACAUACAUUUUUACAGCAUAAGAAUGUUUGCGUCAGGUUUUCCCCCUAAGAAACCAUAUUAAAAAAAAAAUCAAUCAAUCAUUCUUUUUCCAUUUUCACACAUUUUUGAAAAAGCUCCAGGGAGCCACUAGGCGGGUGCUAAAGAGCCGCAUGCGGCUCUGGAGCCGCGGGUUGCCGACCCCCGGUUUAAAUAAAUAUGAAAAAAAUUUGGGGGGGACACGACACACAAAAUUGGAAAACUGGAAAAAGAAGCACAGUUGUAUAGUGCUAGAAUUAUGUGGUACCUGAGAGAACAGGUACUUUUUGCAAAGAAAAUUACUUAAAGUUUUAUUUGUUAGAGUUUAUUUCGAUCUUAAAGGUGGCAUAUUAUGCCCCUUUUCCAUAAGUUGACACAGUUCCCUCAGGUCUUAAUGAAAUGUCUGUGACGUACUUUGGUCAAAAUACUACAAAGAUAAAGCACCACAGCACCUUCUCACCCUGUCGAAACAGCCCUGUUCAAAAUGGCCGAUUUGAGUGACUGUUCCUUUAAAUGAUAAUGAGCCACUGCUCACCCCACCUCCCUCUUCUGCUGGCCAGUCAGGUAGCACUUUCCUCAUGACUCUUCAUUCGGAAAAGCAGUUCUCAAUCCAUGAGUGGAGAUACUCAGAUGAAGGGGCGGUAAAAUUCUAAUGAGCUCCUCUUGUGACAUAGAAAGGAGCUCCAAAUCGGCACAGUUUUCUGAAGCAUGCUUUCUGAAAUAAGCAGAACAAAACAAGCUGACUGGGUCGUCUUAUUUCAGAGUUUGUGGGUUGGUCGGAACGCCAGAUACCCAAAUGUAUGCGCAGAAGCACUGAAAAAGUGAGUUUUUCAUAAUAUGUCCCCUUUAAAUCAAGCUUAAAUUCUGAGUUUAUAUAUCAGGUGAUUAAAGUCAGAUAAGUAUUUUCUUUAGCUUCAAUAUUCCUACUUUUUACUAUUUUACUUUUGUUUUUCUUGGAUUAAAGUAAAUGGGAUUUUUUUUCUGGUUAAGUGCAAGUAUGUUACUACAGCAUAUUAUCUAUAGCAAGUUCUAAAUACAAGUGACAAAAGAGGUUUGAAUUUAAUGCAUUCUGAAGAUCAUUUACAUGUUUUGUUAAUUAAAUAGACAAAACAUUAAACUGUUUUUAUUGUUUCUUCUCAUUAUACAAUGUAUACAAAAUCACACAAUGUAUAAAACCACAAGAAGGGUUUAAGAUCAAAGAAACCCACUGACUUGUAUGACAGAGUGACAGAAUGGCUGAAAACAAAAUCAGGAAACUAGAAUAAGCAGCACAGCUUUGCAGAGCUAGAAUACUGUGUUAUCUGAGAGAAAAAUGAUAUAAAUCAAUUUUCAUUUUACAAAGAUACAUAUUCAGCUUUUUAUUUGUUCAAGUUUAUUUUGAGCUUGAAUCCAGUUUAACUUCUGAGUGUAAACAUCAAGCAAUUAAAGUCAGUAAGUCUUUUCUUUAUUUUUAAUUUUCCUAUUACUUUUGUUUUACUUAAAUUAAACAAUGUUUUUUUUUUUUCUUCCGGUAACUGUAUGUUACUACAGCAUACUGUGGAGAGCAAGUUCUAAAUGCACGUCACCAAUGAAAAAAGAAGAUAUUGCAUUCUGGAACUCAUUUGCAUGUUUUGUUAAUUAAGUAGAUACGAAAUUAAGAGUUUUUUCUGGUUGUGUCUUAUAUAGUGGAUACAAUGUUUUUGCUGUAAUUGUUCAAUAAAA